GAAGAAACAAAGAAAAUGGUUAGAGAAAUAAAUUGAUUUUUUAUGUUUUUAACAGAAACUGGACGGACUUGGUUAACAAAUAAGUGGAAUUAAAUGCACAUGGUGGUGGAGCUUCUGUAUUAACUGGUUCCAUCACUAACAUGUUGAAUAAAUAAAUUAGAUGGUGACGCUAUUCACAGAGGUAAUGAAGUCUUUGAUAGGCAGGAUGCGGUAUCAGGAAGUUAACUUUCCAGAGAAGAAUCUCGAGCUAAGGGACUACAUUUCAUUACCUGCAACAAAAGAAAAUGAAAAGCUGCGCUCGAAGUGGGAUUUGAUUGCAAAUAUUUUUCAUGAUGGAGAUCCCAGAGAAAAAAUUUAUAGAGUAUUUUCAUAUCAAAAAACAGAAGAAGGUAACAGUUGCAAGAUUUUCAUAUUGCAGACAAAUUUUCUUGGAUAUUUGCCCUAUCAGAGACUUACAUGCAAAUAUAUGAACAGCAACACCCGUGAUUCGGAAGAGUUUUGCUCUUUUGAGUUUACUUUCUUUUUAGUAAUCAAAGUCGAUGAUACAGAUUGUUUUUUAAUUCAUGUUUUGGAACUGAUUCAACUACAAAGAGAUAUAAAGAUGUACGAAUAAGGGAUGUUAUCUGAUGUUUCAGUUAAUGUGUAUGUGAAAGAAAAAGGAAAAAUGUCAUGA